AUGACAUCUCCAGACGACGCAAUGGAUGUAGACGAAAAACCCUCCAAGGAGGUCGUUGAGAUCAAGGGUCCCGCAGUUGUCAAGGAGUCUACGAAGCCCAAACGCAAAGGGCCUCCGUCAUCCAGCUCUGCACCCACAACUAAGAAGGUUAGCUGGGUUGCCCCUCCUUCUGAUCCUGAAGAACUAGGGUCGUCUUGGAACUCAGAAAACUCUACACAAUCGAAACUUGUGCAAUUUCUCGCCAGGUGGCCACCCAGCCGCACACCAGACGAAUAUGGCCCUUGGAUCUCAGUUAAUCGCGGAGGAAUGAAAAACGUCACGCAGAAUCUGGAAGGUUUAACUGCAGAUUUUCAGUCCCUUCUCUCUGGCAACAACGUCAAGCCGGAUACCCUUGAUCAGAUCGCAAAAACGAAUAACGUGUUGCUUGGGAAGUGGAUGGUUUUCGAAGAAUCCAGCAAAAUCGAUAUGCUCUGGGGAAAGAUUGUCAACUAUCUGUGCACGGAGCGAAAGAAAGGCUUUGCAAAGGUCUCUACAUUUAAAGAGGAUGAAAAGCAUGUCAUAUGCAUAUACGUCGACGAUUAUACCGACAAAGAGGAAGUUACCGCGCUCAGGAAGGCGCUGAGAGGUCUUGGGGUUAAAUGGAAAAUUGGGUUCAAGCCGGAUGCGUAUACACAUCUCAGUAUUUACAAGGAUAAUCCUUGGAAAAUUAGACCCUCUCGUUAUAUGCAGUAA